CUUCAGACACAGACCGGGUCCACAGGUUGGUCUACACGUCUAAUCUGGUGUUACAUCCACACAGCUCUCCCAUUAUGUAAGGUGAGAAUGGCUUGGAUGUCACUCCUCCUCCUCUUCCUCCUCCCCUCUCUGUGUCAGGCCCAACUAUUCAACUUGACUCUGUCUGCCAAAGAGGGCCUCCCAGCAGGGACCAUCGUGGGACAUCUGGGGGCCGUGCUGAGCCAAGCCAGCACAGGCUUCUUCAUCUCGGAAAGCCGGGAUUCUGAUGUUUUCCAGGACUUGGAAAUCGACACAGACACUGGCAUCAUUUCCACAGCUAUAAUUUUGGACCGUGAAACCAGGGAUGGGUACGAGUUUGUGGCAGCGGCGUUCACUGGUGAGAUGAUACAGGUGAAAAUCACAGUCACAGAUGUUAAUGAUCAUUCUCCAAAAUUCCCAUUGGAAAAAUAUGACUUAGUAGUUUCCGAACUGAGCCCGAUAGGAAGCCGCUUUAAAAUAGACAGCGCUAGGGACCAGGAUGUCGGCGAGUUCGGGAUCCAAGGAUACCACAUCACCCAAAGAAACAUGGCCGAUCUCUUUGAAUUGGACUACCGCGCCAACCUGGACUCCACCCACAGUCUUUACCUCGUCCUAAGAACCAAACUAGACAGAGAAUCAUGCGACUUCUAUUCUCUAACGGUGGAAGCGUUGGACGGCGGCGUUCCUUCCAAAAGUGGUAGUGUCCAGGUAAAUGUUCAUGUUCAGGAUGAGAACGAUAAUGCUCCAGUGUUCAACCAAACGGAGUACCACGCUGUCAUUAGGGAGGACGCAGAGGUCACCGUGGCCGUGUGUCAGGUCCAAGCCACAGACCAGGAUCUGGGGGAGAACGGGAGAGUGACGUACGAGCUGAAGAGUGAGGUCUUCUAUAUCAAUGAAAGUUCAGGAAUGAUCCACCUGAACAAGCCUCUGGACUUUGAAGAACAGGCCUCCUUUGGCCUGAUUGUUACGGCCAGGGACAGUGGAGCCCAGGCAGAAUUCAGCAGUGCUUUUGUGAGAAUCCAGGUCCUGAACGUGAACGACAACAGCCCCUCCAUCCACCUCCUCUUCCUGAGUGAGUCCGGAGAGCCGGCUGUGUCCGAGGCUGCCUCAGUGGGAGACUACGUGGCCCGCAUCUCUGUGUCUGACCCCGACCUCCAGAACCAGCCGAUCAGCGUCCAGAUCUGGGGUGGAGAUGGGAAGUUCACCCUAAAGCAGACAGACGACUUCCUGUUUGCGCUGCGUGUGGAAUCGGAGCUGGAUCGAGAGGAAAAAGACUUUUACGAGAUCAGGAUUCAGGUGUCUGAGGGCGGCUUCGUAAACGCAGAAGAGGUUUUACUGUUGAAAGUACUGGAUGUUAAUGACUGUUAUCCAAAAUUUGAGACAAAUAUUUACACUGUUCACAUCCCGGAGGACGUGCCACCUGGAAGUUCUCUGGUCCAAGUGCGAGCCUGGGAUGAAGAUGAACCAGGCCUGAAUUCCCAGAUUAAAUAUGCAGUUAUGAGGUCCAGCCAGGCCGGACAGGUCAGUGUGGAUGCUCGAACCGGCUUGGUGGUCACAGUGGGGGCUCUAGACAGGGAGAGCCAGGCUGAGCUCUGGUUCCUGGUGGUGGCGUCAGAUUCCGGAGAUCCGCCCUUAUCGUCCACGGCAACAGUGACCGUUCUGCUGGACGACGUCAACGAUAACGAGCCCGUGUUCUCACAGCCGUGGUACAACGUCAGCCUGCCUGAGCACAGCCCCGUCCACAGCUGCUUCCUGCAGGUUGUGGCCAUAGACUUGGAUGCAGCUGACCUCGGCACACUGCAGUACUCUCUCAUUGAUGGCUUUGAGCCCAUAGAACAUCCUCUGUUCUACAUCCAGCCCCAGAGCGGAGAGCUGUGUGUGUCCCAGGACAUCGACCGAGACCUGGGUCACACUGCCCAUGACCUCGUGGUGAAGGCUCAGGACCCUGGAGGCCUCAGCUCACAGACACACGUGCACAUAGACAUCGAAGACCUAAACGACAAUGCUCCAGUGUUCAACCCGGCCCAGUACACGGUCACCCUGAGCGGUCACUCCCGGCCUGGCACCGAGGUCAUAACGCUGACCGCCAUCGACGCCGACUCAGGGCUUAACGGCCAAGUGUCAUACCGCCUCCUGUCUGGAGCCAUGUCGUCCCUCUUCACUCUGGACACUCACACAGGGCUGCUGUCCCUGGCGUCUGGCUUGGGUCACCUGGGAGAUGUGAGCCUGCGACUGUCCAUCAGCGCUCAGGACGGGGGCGGCCUCACCUCCUCCGCACCAGCAGAGGUCACUGUGCACGUCCUGAGCAGCAGCCAGGCCCCAGCUGUGUUCCAGAGGUCACACUACACCUUCAGCAUCCCCGAGGACACGCCCGCAGGGACGUCUGUAGGGAGCGUGCACGCUGUCCAUCCAAACGGUUCUGGGGAGUCCGUGGCUUACCACAUCUCCUCUGGUGACCCCCUGGGCUGGUUCACAGUUCACCCUGGGAGGGGCGUCCUUUCUACCCUCAGAGCUCUGGACCAUGAGACCCAUCCUUACAUCCUCCUGGUUCUGCAGUGCUCUACAGACUCCUCUUCUGUGUAUAGCAUCACCCAGGUCAACGUUUCUAUCUCUGACGUCAAUGACAACGCUCCAGUCUUUCCUCAAAUGAGUGAUACCAUUACAAUAUCCAAAACCAUAACUCCUGGAACCAUCCUCUUCAUCGCACAUGCUCAGGAUCACGACAGCAGCGCAAACGGGAGAGUUAAGUACAAACUGGAAAACGCUCACAAUGCCACCUUUGCUAUUGACGCUAACUUGGGAACGCUAACAGUGAAUAAAAGCAUGCAGCAAGACUCUACGCUAAUGUACGCUUUGGAAAUAGUGGCAGAGGAUGAGGGAGAACCACCACUUUCAUGCAGUUUUAGCUUAACCAUCAACGUGGAACAAAAUGCUGCAGAAAACAAUUUAGCUUUUGAGACUCUGACUUAUGAAGUGCAGAUAGGAGAGAGCUACAGAAGAGAUUCCAGAGUGAUCCAGGUGAGGGCGCACCAAAGCAGAGAGCCCUACCCUUUAACUUCCGGUAUAAGCUAUUCCAUUGAAAAUCAAAAUGGUGUCCUUCCACCUCCUUUCCGCAUCCACCCCAAGACUGGCUGGUUGUACCUGGCCGAGAGUCUGGACUACGAGACUGAAACAGCGUAUAGGUUUCACGUGCGAGCUACGGCAAGCGACGUGGGACAAGGGAACAUGACGGCGACAGCCACAGUCAGCGUGCUAGUGUUGGACAUGAACGAUAAUGCCCCAGUGUUCAGCAGGGAGGUGUACUACUUCACAGUGCCAGAGGGGGCAGCACUGCGGGGCCUGGUGGGGACGGUCCGGGCCACAGAUAAGGAUUCAGGGAACAACGGGAAGCUGUCAUACAUCCUGCUGUCAGACGGGAAGUUCUUCCGCGUCAAUGCUAAGACUGGAGAGCUGAUUCAGUGGGUGGCACUGGACCGGGAGCAGCAGUCACAACACACUCUGAGGGUGAUGGUGACAGACCAGGGUCAACCACGACUGAACGCCUCCUGCAGUGUGCACAUCACAGUGUCUGACAUCAAUGACAACAGGCCACAGUUCACACACUCGACACACAGCAAGGAUGGCGCUGUUCAGAUCUGGGCCGGUGCGCCUGCUGGCUCUCUGGUCACUACUGCCUUCGCUAAAGACUUGGACGCUGGUGAAAAUGGAACCGUCUUGUUUUCUGUGGACACCGUUGAUGAAGAUGCUCAGGGUCCUCCUCACUUUGAGGUGGACAGCAGGAGCGGAGACAUCAGGACUACACAGGUGUUCAGCCACAGCCCAAAGACACACUACACCCUGAGGGUCACCGCCAGAGACAGAGGGGCAGUCCCUCUGGAAGAGUGGACACUGAUCCAUGUACAGGUUCAUGGAGCGGACCCUCCCUCCCUCCGCUUGUGCCCCAGGGUCUUCAGACGCUUCACCGUGAGAGAGGACGCUGCCGUGGGCACAGUGGUGGGCUCGCCUGGCCUAUCUGACAAAGGCCCACUCAACUACGUCAUUUCAGAGGAACAUGGGCCCCUCCCCUUUGGCAUCCACGCUUUGUCCGGAGACAUCUAUAUCAGCCAGCCUCUGGACUACGAGUCCACCGUAGAGUACUGUGUGACCGUCCACACUGAGGGCGUGGACGAUGCUCUGUCACUGAACACAUCUGUGCUCGUGUGCAUCAUCGUGGAAGACGCCAAUGAUCACGCGCCAGUGUUUCACCAUGAAUUUAUCAUGUUUGGCCUCCGAGAAGAUGCAGAAGUCGGAUCCCUGGCUUACGCUUUCCAAGCUCGAGAUGCAGACGGCACUCUACAGAACAGCGAAGUGAAAUAUUCACUAACAUACGACCAAUCGCAUUCAGAGCGAUUUCCUUUACGCAUCGACCCAACUUCAGGUCAUUUGACGGUAGCAGCGCCUCUGGAUCGUGAAACUGUUGCGAGUUUUGCCUUUACCGUGACUGCUACAGACCAAGCAGAGAGGAGGGAGGAGCGGAGGAGCGGCGCUGUCACCGCUCAGCUGUUUCUGCUGGAUGUGAACGAUAAUAGGCCAGUGUUUGUCUCCAUUGAUACGGUGCAGGUGAUGGAGGACACGGAGGUGGGGGCUCUACUGCACCACCUUGUGGCCAUAGACGGAGACGAGGAGGAGAGCGGCCGGGUGUCGUACUGCAUCAUCGCAGGGGAUCAAGAGAUGUUCACGCUGGACGAGAAGACAGGCUUGUUGUUUCUUUCCUAUCCUUUGGACUAUGAGACUCAGCGUGUCCAUCGUCUGACCAUCAGGGCUGUGGACCAGGGCCAUCCCUCACUCUCCUCCACUCAGACUCUGAGUGUGGACGUGGGGGAUGUGAACGACCAGCGCCCUUUGUUCUCUUGGCCCGUGUAUGACGCCACUGUGGCCGAGAACAGAGACCCUGGAGCAGCUGUGGUGCGAGUGUCCGCCUCUGAUGGAGACUCAGAGCAGAAUGCUGUGGUGUGGUACAGUUUACUCCCUGGACCUGGAUAUGAACUGUUCAGUAUCAACCCCUACACCGGUCUGAUCACCACCACCUCCUACCUAGACCGAGAAGAACAGCAGAACUACACCCUUAGAGUGCAGGCCUGUGACAGCGGCUCGCGGCCCCUCUCCAGUACCUCCACUGUGCUGUGUUCUGUGCUCGACACCAACGAUAACCCUCCAGAGUUCAUGCAGUCGUCCUUUCAGAUCAGCCUACCCGAGAACCUGCCUCCUGGGGUCAUCCACACAGUCCAGGCAGCUGACUCAGAUCAUGGGGAGAAUGGCACAAUUCACUACUCCAUACAAGGUCAGGACCACAGAGGACGUUUUAUCAUCAACAGUGUCACUGGAGCAGUUAGUACUACACGAGUUCUGGACCGAGAAGAAACCUCAAACUACACCCUGACCAUUCAGGCCCAAGACCAUGGCCCCACCCCUCUCAGCUCCUCCACCCAGAUCCAUGUUCUCCUACUGGACCAGAAUGACAAUACACCCACUUUCCCACACAAAACUUACCAGGCCUCCAUCAGCGAAGGGUUAGCAGUGGGAUCUGAGGUGAUCCAACUUACUGCGUUUGACCCAGACGAAGGUGCCAACGGUGAAAUCACAUAUUCUUUGAUGGAGGAGAACGGUCAAGGAACAUUUUCUAUCGAUCCUUUUUCCGGAAUCAUCCGCACUUCCAAACCUCUAGACCGGGAAACGAGGAGCCAGUACAGCGUCCGUGUGGUGGCGAGCGACUGCUGCACCCAAGGCCCCCUCAGCUCCGCGGUUUUGCUCACCGUACAAGUCGAAGAUGUAAAUGAUAACGCUCCGGUCUGCACCCACAACCCCGUCAAUGCCUGGGUUUCCAUGACGAUGCCACCGCAUCACGUCAUAACUACGGUGACGGCUACAGAUAAGGACCACGGAGAGAAUGGGACGGUCAGAUAUAUGAUGUCAGAUGAGGAGGAUUUAUUCUAUAUCAACGGCGAUACGGGGGAGGUGUCUCUGAGGAGGAGGGUGAGGGUGGGUUUUUCGGGGGCGAUGCUUCAUGUGGUGGUGUCCGAUAGGGCAAGGACACCGCUCACCUCCACAUGUCUGCUCUUCAUUCACUUACUGGGGGAACGGGAGCAGCUGCAGUUCACUGAGAAAGUGUACAACACAACAGUGAAUGAGAACAGCAGAGCAGGGACUUGGAUUACAAAGGUUGAAGCCAGUGAUCCAACCAACAGCCGACUGAGAAUCACAUACACUAUAUUCAGUGGCAACGAGAACAACGUAUUCUCCAUCAACCGGCAUACAGGGGAGGUCCGUGUGCAGAAGGGGAACUGUCUGGACUUCGAGCGGAGUCCCAGGGUGGAGCUGGUGGUGCUGGCUGAUAAUGGACUGCAGAGCGCACACAGCAGAGUGUUCAUCACCCUGCAGGAUGUCAAUGACCACGCCCCCCUGUUUGAACAUAAUGACUAUAGGACGGCCGUGUGGGAGGGCCAAGUCCACGACACCUACGUUAUGCAGAUACAUGCCUCUGACGCAGACAGUGGGUUAAACGGCCAGAUAGAAUACUCCAUCAUAUCUGGCAACCACAACAACGCCUUCAUCCUGGACUCUGUGAGAGGGAUUCUGGCCACGAAUGUUGUGCUGGACCGAGAGAUCACCAGCUCAUACAAACUGGUUCUACAUGCAGCAGACAAAGGAAACCCGCCCUUCACCAGCACUGCCACUGUCAGGGUCCAAGUGGUGGACGUGAAUGACAACAGUCCAACUAUACCCCCCAUGGAGCCUGUCCUCGUCCCAGAGAAUCUCCUGGCGGGCUACAUGGUCACACAGGUGGUUGCUAACGACGUGGACCUGGCUUCAACCAUCACCUACAGCUUUGGGGACAACAGCAGCAGCACUGGCCAGUUUGCCAUCGACUGCUACACUGGAGUCAUCACACUGACCCAAUCGCUGGACUAUGAGACACAGACAGAGCACAUGCUAACUGUGAGGGCGUCCGACUCCCUCCACCACACCACAGGAGAGGUCAAAGUUCAAGUGCUUGAUGUCAAUGACAACGCUCCCGUCUUCACCCAAGUCUCCUACCAGGUGGAGUUGUCUGAGUUUCUUCCGGCAGAAACAUUCGUUGUCUCUGUGUCUGCAUCUGACAGAGACUCAGGGCUCAGUGGAGAGGUCAUCUACAGACUCCUGUCAUCUCCUCUACAAGGCUUCUACAUCCUCCCAGAUCUGGGGUCUGUUUUCACCAACAAGCCCCUAAAAUCCAUCACCAACAGCAACGUGGUUCACCUACUGGUUGAAGCCCGAGACCAAAGUGAGCCGGUACGCUCCAGUGUGGCCUCCAUCGAAGUUCAGAUCGUGGACAGCAAUGACCACGCCCCAGUGUUCCACCAAGACACGUACUCUCUGACCGUCCCAGAAGACACGCCCACCGAGACCACCUUACUCACCCUCUCUGCUGAUGAUGAAGACUGGAGUCCCAAAAAUACCCACCUUGACUACGCUAUUGUCGGCGGCAAUGAGGAAAAGAGAUUCUGUCUUGAGGUCAAAUUGAUUCAGGUUGAGAAUCAGUUGCGAAACGUAGCAAAGCUGGUUCUCUGUAACCCUUUGGAUCGGGAAACUACGGAAAUGUACUCUUUGACUGUUAGUGUUUCGGAUCGGGGAAAGCCACCUCUGAACAGUACAGCUUUUGUUACGGUGUCUGUAACCGACUGCAAUGACAACGCUCCAAAGUUUUCCAACACAGAAUAUCACAUCCAAGUGAGUGAGAACAGUGUCGUUGGAACUCGCUUGGUUCAAGUUCAUGCCUAUGAUCCUGACGUCGGAGCAAACGGUCUUGUGCGAUACGAUAUCGUUUCUGGCAACAGCAAACAGCACCUCACAAUCAACUCCCAGUCUGGUGUUUUAGCUGUUAACCAAUCACUCGACUAUGAGGAAGAUUCAAAGUACACCGUGACUGUUAGGGCUUGCGAUGGUAGCGAAACAUCAGAUGAAUGCAAUGUCGCUUUCGCCGUGAUCUAUGUUACCGUAUUGGACGAAAAUGACAACGCGCCGUAUUUCAUGUUCCCAACUGUAAAUUGUUCCAUGCUGGAGAAUCUACCGGCAUUUACUCACAUGUGCUCCAUCAAUGCAAUGGAUGACGACUCUGGCCCCUACGGUCUUCUGACGUAUUCCAUUUUGACAUCCUGUCUCAUUCAAAACCCUGAUCAUAAAGACGCAUUCGGGAUUGACAGCUUUACCGGAGACAUCCACACCAGGCAAACCUUUGACUAUGAACGGGAAAAUGAGUAUUGCUUUCUAGUUGAAGCUAGAGACAAAGGCGAAAAGGCAGCCACCCUAAGAGUCCAGGUAGCUAUUAAAGGAGUCGACGAGUUUAGCCCAGUCUUCACUCAAAAACAGUACUACUUUCUUCUCGGAGAAAACGCCAAGCCUGGAGAGACUGUUGGCUUUGUGAUGGCAGUGGAUCAUGAUGGAGGGAUUGAUGGACAGGUGGAAUAUGCAUUGCUCCACCCAUCCCCAUUUUUCUUGAUAAACAAAACAACCGGUGCAAUUUUGGUGUCUGAUCCAGUAUUUCAUAAAAGAGAUAGUCACAGAAAUGAUGAUAUGGUGGAGUUAAUAGUGUGUGCAAACAGUCCCAAACUUGGUUCUCGGACUACAAGGUGUCCAGUUUAUGUCAAUAUUUCCAGUUCAGCAGAAGCGUUAACUGGAGUACCGCUCAAUGGAAACGUUCUCAGUCUGGGCAUUUCGUUACUGUUGGUCCUUGUUAUUUUAGUCAUCUUCGUAGGGUUAGUUCUGUUAUAUAAACUAAAAGAUUCCACGGUCAAGAAGGCAUCUGCCAUUGCUUCAAGUUUGCGUCAAAACCCAGAUUCGUUCUUCAGCUCCAGUGAACAGUCUCAAAGCAUUAUCUGCCUGCAUGAACUCAAGCGCCCUAGCAUUCAAGUGGUGAGGAAGGAGCUGCCCAAACAGUACAGCCCUUCAGACUCUAGUGGACAUGGGUCUGCCGAAGGUGAGACCGCCGAGGACCUGGAGAUUAAGUGGAUCAACACUUUAUCUCGUCGUAGAGGAGAAACAGGACAUGAACCUUCAGAACAUCACGAUUCUGCAUUACCUGGAGACAACACUUCAAAUUACUCUGUUAAACCAGAUCCAGAGCACAUGCCAGCAUCAGCUUCAUGCCUGACUUCUGGGUUGGCUAGCACUGAAAGCUUACAUCAUUUCAAGGAGGAGGGCGGUGGUGAAGGUCUGCUCCCAGCAAUCGUCCGAUUUCCAGAUCUAGAGGAGAACAUGGGGACAAAAGGUUACGCUCCCCAUUCGGAAGCUGCGGAUUCUUUGACAUCUCUGAUUGGUUUAGAAGAGCAAGUGCAAGGUAGCUAUGCUUGGGACUACCUACUUGACUGGGAGCCGCAAUACCAUAUGGUAGCUUCAGUGUUCACAGAUAUUGGUAUGCUCCCGGACGAGGAGCUCCAAGGCGGGCGUGAGAGUUUGGCCUGUGACGUGAGCUGUUUCAUGCACCCGCCCCCUCUGAUCACUGCAGUAGCUCAGCCUGGCUUAAGAACAGUACCUCCCAGGAAGCCAAGCCGUGCGCGCAGUCUCAGUAGGCAACCAUCUUACCCCAGAUACUGCUACUCUCCCUUAGCUAGCAACACUGGAUUAACCCCCUCGGCAAUGACCCCUACCUUUUCCCCAUCCCUGACCUCACUGACUGUCCAGACACCCAGGGCUUUUCCGGUGGUUUCAGACUCUGGGGUGGGAGGCAUCAGGUUAGAAGCAGGACCUCCCACAGCAAGCCUCUUGGAGACUGAAAUACAAGUGUAGAUAUGGACAGAUUGCGUUUUAUUAUGAAAGACUACUGGUAAAAGUGUUAUAUAUGAGUGUGUUCAUAAUAGAAAUUUUUAAUUUAA